UACUUUGCAUAUCCUGUUUCUCUGACUCACACAAUGAUGCAUAUCGCGAGAGCACCUUAUAGGCGAGCUACUAUCAGAUGCUGCCACUAAAGGACAAAUUCAACAUUAGAGAAACAUUUCAUAACGCCUCGGCAAACCGAUGACUCAUAUAUAAGGGACGGAGACUUGUUUUUUUUAAAGUUUUUUUUUCUUUUUUGACUGCGUUCAUCAGUGGAACACUCUCGAUCCCCAAUCAUGGACGGGUUUGUUGGGGAUCUGCUGGGUGAAGACAGCUCCGUAGUGGCACGCAUGCAGAAGAAGUUCUGGAAGACCAAGCAGGUGCUCAUCAAGGCCACAGGCAAGAAGGAGGACGAGUAUGUGGUGGCUUCUGACGCCGAUCUGGAUGCAAAGCUUGAGUUCUUCCGCUCAGUCCAGUCGACCUGCACAGAGUUGCUCAAGGUGAUGGAGAAGUACCAGCAUCGGAUUACACGUUUGUCGCAAGAGGAGAACGAACUGGGCCUGUUUCUCCGCUUCCAAGCGGAACACGACCGCACCAAGGCCGGCAACAUGAUGGAUGCCACCAGCAAGGCCCUUUGCGCCUCUGCCAAGAAGAGGAUGGCGCUCUGCACGCCGCUGAAACGUUUGCACCAGGAAGUCGAGACUUUCCGACGACGGGCCAUCGCAGACACGCUCCUGACUGUCGGCCGCAUGGAGAAGGCUCGCACGGAGUACAGAGGAGCUUUGCUCUGGAUGAAAGACGUCUCUCAAGAACUCGACCCGGACACUUACAAACAACUGGAGAAGUUCCGAAAGGUUCAAGGCCAGGUGAGGGCGACAAAGAGCCAAUUUGAGAAAUUAAAGAACGAUGUGUGCCAGAAGGUGGACAUGCUAGGUGCCAGCCGCUGCAACAUGCUGUCACACUCACUUUGCAACUAUCAGACCACCAUGCUUCACUUCUGGGAAAAGACGGCCCAAGCCUUGUCUGGCAUCCAUGAUGCCUUCCAGGGACACGUGCCGUACCAGUUCACCACACUCAAGGACUUGCGCGACCCAUUGGAGCAAAUAACCGCAGCGCAGCAAGGAGCGGCAGAUGACAAGGUUCUACAGGGUAACACUGGCAGUCUGGUGUGCUUGGAUGACGAGGCAACGGGAAGUGCGGCGGACGCAGGUGUUUUGCCGGACCCCGCUGGAACGGGGUCGGCACCGGAGGAUGAAGACGGGGAACAGGGUGACAUGGCCUUCCUCAAAGACCUGCUCAGCCCCAGCCCGGGGGUGACCGACGACUUCAGCAACGAGUGGCAGGACGCUUUCGGGCUCUUUGACGCUCCCACCGCCGCGGCCGCCACAAGCGAGCCGGCGCCACCGGCGGGCCACGCCGCCCCCCUGCCACAGUGCGCCUCCCCCAGCCCGACCGGCUUCCUGCCUUCUCAGCUCCUGGAUCACAGUCUGAGUUCCGCAGGAUGGUCUACGCCGCCAAUGUUUCAAGCGCCGCCCCUCCAGCCGCCUCGUACACAGAACCAAUCCGCCGCGCCGGCUCCGACUUUUGGCGCCAAUGCUGCCGCAGGUGGAUCCAGAAAUAUGUCUGCUUGGUUCAACCUGUUCGCGGACUUGGACCCGCUCUCCAACCCCGACGCCAUCGGACGCUCCGCAGACGAGCUCCUCAACGCCUGAAACUGUGGCACUGCUUUCAUCUUGGAUGCAUUUUGGGCUUUAUCACAUUCCAAAGAAGGACUUUAUUACUUUAUUACAUCAAACAAUGUGUGCAUUGUUCCGUUUGUUGUAUACUUAAUGGAUGUAUGUGUCGGCGAUCACAUUCCCAGAGCCGCCGGGAGCUCCAUACAAGUCUGCAUCUGCAUCACAGGAUCAUGUGAAAUGCAUCUCAAAAUCAUCUUUAUUGAUCGAGUGUGUUUAAAAACACACCAUUGAUUCGUAACGAACUGAUAAGAACGGAAGAAAUUUGAUCCGACACUGCACCAACCAGAUAAUAACCAGCGGGAAGUGGACUCCUUAUAUGGUUUUGAUGGUUCGCCACUAAUGGCCGUUUUCAAUGAAUCAUCCUUGCUGCUAAACGUUGAACCAAUGAUUAACAUGAAUCAAAAAUAUUUCGCGCCAGUGGGUCACGGACUCCUGGCCAGUGGUGCUGACACCAGGAGCGCCAAAAAUGGAUGUUUCGCUAUGUAUAGCUUCAUAAAUAUUUUCCUGUACUGAUUAUACACUUUUCUUUGAUUUGCUUGAAGGGGUUGCCAUCACACUACAGCCGCAAUCCACUGAACCUUUUUUUUUUUUUUUUUUUUGGAAUGCAGAUGGAAACGAAUGGAAUGAAAACUGCUGUCUUUCUGAAUGCUGAGAUUCUGAUGUGAUAGAACUGUAUUGCGGGAAAAGAACUGUAUUUCACAAAUUAGAAACAAAAUCAGGCAAGAUUACGAUUUAAAAUUUGGAGGGAAAAAUAUGACGGCAAAGUUAUUUUGAGAUGUGUAUUGCUGACUGCAUCUGUUUUGAAGGGUCUUAUACGGUAGUCUAUAAUAAUUGCUGUUGUUACUUCUGUAUUUUGUUUAAUUUUCGCGUGAUACGUGGACUUUACUUUUUACUCUAUUUAUCUUGAGCUUUAAAGAGUUUCAAAGUUAUUUACUGACAGUCGUACUUGGUAUUUACUCUGUCACUUGCUGUCUACCGUUUACUCUUGAAGAAUGUAUUUAUCGAACCACAAUUGCUUCAUUUCGUUUAUUUUAUUUAACUUGAGGAUUUACAAACGGAAUCGGGUUACCAAUAAAGAGGAGCAAAAAAGUUUGUGCUUCUGUGAUAAGAA